CAUGAAGUGCUCUACUGUCAUAAUCUUCCUUCUAAACGCUGUUAACAUCAUCUCUCUUGUUCCCCAUGAAAUAACAUAUUUUCUGGGCUGCUUUGAGAAUGGCAGUACUGCAGUACAAUUUGAAUUUGAUGGUGAGGAAAUGUUAUAUGUUGACUUCCAAACAAACGAGAUAGUUUACACUGUACCCACCUUCAUUGAUCCUGACCCUGGCCAGGUUUUAGUUGGUUUGAGUAUCCUUCGUGAUGCUCAUGAUAACAAGAAACUGUGUUCAGAACUACUAGGUGUGUUGAAAUACAAAGAUAAAUCUCCACAAAAAGAAGAUGCUCCGGACUCCGUGAUCUUUUCCUCUAGAGAGGUAGAGCUGGACGUUGAAAACAGCCUCAUCUGCUUUGUAAAUAAUUUCUAUCCACCCUCCAUCAAAGUCAGCUGGACUAAAAAUGGCCACCCAAUCUCAGAGGGGGUGUCACUCAGUCAAUAUCAUCCCAAUAACGAUCAAACCUUCCGCCAGUUCUCAACUUUGACCUUCACACCGAGUGAGGGGGACAUUUACUCCUGCACUGUGGAGCAUCCCGCACUGGAGACGCCAAAGACAAGAAUCUGGGAAGCAGAAAUCAUCAAAAAGGAUGAAAGUCUUUGGCCUGAUAUUUACUGUGGAGUCGGUCUUGGUGUGGGCUUGUCGGGCGUCACAGUCGGAGUGUUUUUCAUUAUCAAGAGUCAACAUGUAGCAUAGUUUUUUAGUUUUUAAAUAUAGUGAACUGUUACAAUAUUCAGGUGUUUUGGUUAUGGUUUUCUUUUUUUUUUUUACAUUUCCUUGUUUAUUUUGUUUAUUUUGUCAAUUAAUUUCUGUAUUCAUUAUUGUCAGAAGUUUAUUACUUUGUGUUUAAAUUCUUAGUUUAUUCUUGUACUUUGUUCAUUGUACAUUUACUAGUUGUCUUAGAUCAGUCUUAUUUCUUUUAUUCUUAGUCUGUAGUGGAACUUGGAAAAUCCGACUUCCCAGUACAAAAAAGCAACUGGAACGCCCCCUGAAUUUGGACUAAAUGCUAAAAAUUGGGAGAAACUCCAUUCACCCUAAGUUAGGGUAGUUGGAAAUAACUUUGCGUUUCAAUCUGGUAGCACUUCAUAUCAACGAUAUUAAGUUGUGGUGUAAACAUGUUUAUUUUACAAUACAUACUUGUAGUGCAUCUAAAAUCAGAUUCUACAUGUAAGUUGAAUAAAUUAAAAGUGGUGUUUUCUCAAGGAAAUAAAGCUUAAAUCAAUGUUCUUAAGAGAUACUGUAAACAAUGGCUACUCUGGUCUUAGCACUUAAUGUCUUUUAAUAUGUUUG